AUGUUGGCUGUUGUAUUUCUUCUAACCUUUGUAUCCUUGUCAUCUGCUGCAACCCAUUCCCUUCAGUAUCUCUACAGUGCUUCAUCAGGAAUUCCAGGUCUUCCAGAGUACAUCAGUGUGGGGGAAGUGGAUGGAGUGGUGAUCAGCUACUAUGACAGCAAUAUAAAAAGGGAGGUCUCCAGGCAGAGCUGGAUGGCUGAGAAUCUGGAUGAAGAGUAUUGGAUUAGUGAGACUGAACUGGAUAAAUACCAUGAGGUGAUCUUCAAAGAGAACAUUAACAUCUUAAGAAAACGCUUUAAUCAGGAUAACGGGAUAGCUGUGUUCCAGAAGAUGUAUGGCUGCCAGUGGGAUGAUGAGACCAAUGCCACUGACAGUUUUGAAGCAUUUGGAUACAAUGGAGAAGAUUUCAUGUCACUUGACCCAAAGAAUAUGACAUGGAUUGCAUCAAUUCAACAGGCAGAAAAUACUGCAUACAGGUGGAACCGUAUGGAGAAAUCCCUGCCACACAGGAAGGCCUAUUUUCAAAAGGACUGUGCUGAUUGGUUGAAGAAGUAUGUCAGCUUCGUAAGCAAACAGAUGUCUAUGAAAGUUCCUCCAGAGGUGUUUCUCGGGCUCUCUCAUCCUUGGACAUAUCGACAGCACAUUUGUGUACUGUGCCAUGCUACAGGCUUCUACCCAAAGGAAGUGAACAUCACCUGGAAGAGAGAUGGAGUGGAGUUGCAGGAUGGUGUGAAUAUGGGAGAGACACUGCCCAAUGGGGAUGGAACCUUCCAGAAGAGAGCAACUAUGACGGUGUCACCUGAAGAGAGGUGGAAACACCAGUACAGUUGUGAGGUGACUCACAAGAGUGGAAAACCAAUUGUUCUGGAUCAUGAGGAAGAUCAUCUCUCAAUCAUUGAAGUUGUAUGA